AGGAGCGAGAGCGAAGGCCUCUCUCCUCUCUCUCUCUCUCUCUGUCUCGCUUGGGGUCGAUCGUUGCUGAGGAGGACGAGGAUGGCGGAGCAGCUCACCGACGAGCAGAUCUCCGAGUUCAAGGAGGCAUUCAGCUUGUUCGACAAGGAUGGCGAUGGUUGCAUCACAACCAAGGAGUUGGGAACCGUGAUGCGUUCUCUGGGUCAGAACCCCACGGAGGCUGAACUGCAGGACAUGAUAAAUGAGGUUGAUGCAGAUGGCAAUGGGACAAUUGACUUCCCAGAGUUCCUCAACCUGAUGGCACGCAAGAUGAAGGAUACCGACUCAGAGGAGGAGCUGAAGGAGGCCUUUCGGGUAUUUGACAAGGAUCAGAAUGGCUUCAUCUCUGCCGCUGAGCUCCGCCAUGUCAUGACCAACCUUGGCGAGAAGUUGACGGAUGAGGAGGUCGACGAGAUGAUUCGAGAGGCUGAUGUUGACGGUGAUGGCCAGAUCAACUACGAGGAAUUCGUUAAAGUCAUGAUGGCCAAGUGAGAGCCCUCUCCUCUGCAAGGUGAAAUAAGAAGCCGGGGGGAAUUCAUUGCUGAAGGUAGGAAAACUUGAUUCUAUCUGUUCUCUCCGCUGCUGGUUAUAGUUGUGAACGACGUGAAGACUUGUGCUCUUUUGGUCUCUCUUACAGCCGGCGGUUGUGUUUCAUUAGACUGUCCUCUUCUCUGUAUUCUCAGAGCAGUAGGGUUCCGCUUGGAUCUAUCUACAUUGUCACCAUUUUGUUCUUUGCCUCUCAUCAUUCUAACAUAUGCAAAACCCCCUUUGAUACAAUGGAGAUGUUUGUCCAAA